CGCGGGCGGGCGGCUCGGGCGGCUGCGCCGUCCCCCUCAGAGGGGCGCUGCAGCGCGGGCUGAGGCGCCUCGGCCGGGAGCCGAGGGGAGCAGUACGCGGCGGGGCCAUGAGCGGCUCCAGGGCUCCGGGCCCCGAGGCGGGCGCCUCCAGGGCCGAGCCCCCCGGCGCGGCGCUGAGCGUGGACGUGGCAGGGCUGCUGGCACAGCUGGCGCGCAGCUUCGCGCUGCUGCUGCCGGUGUACGCGCUGGGCUACCUGGGCCUGAGCUUCAGCUGGGUGCUGCUGGCGCUCGGGCUGCUCGUGUGGUGCCGCAGGAGCCGCGGCCUCAAGGCCACCCGCCUGUGCCGCGCGCUGGCGCUGCUGGAGGACGAGGAGCGCGCCGUGCGCCUGGGGGUGCGCGCCUGCGACCUGCCGGCCUGGGUUCAUUUUCCGGACACUGAGAGAGCAGAAUGGCUAAAUAAGACUGUAAAACACAUGUGGCCUUUUAUUUGCCAGUUUAUAGAGAAGUUGUUUCGAGAAACCAUAGAGCCGGCUGUGCGGGGCGCACACGCCCACCUCAGCACCUUCAGCUUCACGAGGGUGGACCUGGGGCAGCAGCCCCUCAGGAUCAAUGGUGUUAAGGUGUAUACUGAAAAUGUGGAUAAAAGGCAGAUUAUUUUGGACCUUCAGAUUAGUUUUGUAGGGAAUUGUGAGAUCGAUCUGGAGAUCAAGCGCUAUUUUUGUAGAGCUGGUGUGCAGAGUAUACAGAUUCAUGGUACAAUGCGGGUGAUCCUGGAACCAUUGAUUGGAGACAUGCCCUUAGUAGGAGCUUUGUCUAUCUUCUUCCUUAGGAAGCCACUUUUAGAAAUUAACUGGACAGGACUGACUAAUCUUCUCGACAUUCCUGGAUUGAAUGGUUUAUCAGAUACUAUCAUUUUGGAUAUAAUAUCAAACUAUCUGGUGCUUCCCAAUCGAAUCACAGUCCCUCUUGUCAGCGAAGUUCAGAUAGCUCAGCUGCGAUUUCCUGUACCAAAGGGUGUCCUGAGGAUUCAUUUUAUUGAAGCUCAGGAUCUUCAGGGAAAAGACACUUACCUUAAGGGACUUGUCAAGGGGAAGUCAGACCCCUACGGAGUGAUUCGAGUUGGCAACCAGAUCUUCCAAAGCAAGGUCAUCAAGGAGAACCUCAGUCCGAAGUGGAACGAGGUGUAUGAGGCUCUGGUCUAUGAACAUCCCGGACAGGAAUUGGAGAUCGAGCUCUUUGACGAAGACCCAGACAAGGAUGACUUUCUCGGAAGUCUUAUGAUUGAUCUUAUUGAAGUUGAAAAGGAGCGCCUUUUAGAUGAAUGGUUCACCCUGGACGAGGUGCCCAGAGGCAAGCUGCACUUGAAGCUGGAGUGGCUCACGCUCAUGCCCGACGCGUCGAACCUUGAGCAGGUGCUGACAGACAUCAGAGCUGACAAAGACCAAGCCGACGACGGGCUGUCCUCCUCGCUCCUCAUCUUGUACCUGGACUCGGCCCGGAACCUUCCGAGUAACCCAUUAGAAUUUAACCCUGAUGUCUUGAAGAAGGCUGCAAUUCAGAAAGCUUUAAAGUCUGGGAAGAAAGUAAACAGCAACCCAAACCCUCUCGUCCAAAUGUCCGUUGGUCACACGGCCCAGGAGAGCAAGAUUCGGUACAAAACCAACGAACCUGUGUGGGAGGAAAAUUUCACCUUCUUCAUUCACAAUCCCAAGCGCCAGGAGCUCGAAGUGGAGGUGCGAGAUGAGCAGCACCAGUGCUCCCUGGGGAACCUCAGGAUCCCGCUCAGCCAGCUGCUCGCCCGCGAGGACAUGACCCUGAGCCAGCGGUUCCAGCUCAGCAACUCAGGUCCCAACAGCUCUCUGAAGAUGAAGCUCGCCCUCAGGGUGCUCCACCUUGAGAAGCAGGAGAGGCCUCCGGACCACCAGCACUCAGCUCAAGUAAAACGGCCCUCUGUGUCCAAGGAAGGGAGGAAAGUCUCUGCCAGGCCUCAGAUGUCUGCAUCGCCGGGCUCGGGUGACAGCGGCACGGCCCCAUCCACGCCGGUUGCCGGGGGCGGUGAGAGGCCUGGCAUGGAGGAGCAAGGCUUGCCUGCAGAGGCCGGCCUGCAGGGCCCAAGGGACCUCGGCCGGAGCUCUUCCAGCCUCCAGGCGGGCCCCGCCAGCUCCCCCAGCCACAUCUCCGUCAAGGAGCCCACCCCAAGCAUCGCCUCAGACAUCUCGCUGCCCAUCGCCACACAGGAGCUGCGGCAGAGGCUGCGGCAGCUUGAGAACGGAACCACCCUGGGACAGUCCCCCUUGGGGCAGAUCCAACUGACCAUCCGGCACAGCUCGCAGAGGAACAAGCUGGUGGUGGUCGUGCACGCCUGCAGGAACCUCAUCGCCUUCUCUGAGGAUGGCUCUGAUCCCUACGUCCGCCUGUAUUUGUUACCAGACAAGAGGAGGUCGGGAAGGAGGAAAACACAUGUGUCGAAGAAGACGCUGAACCCCGUGUUUGAUCAGAGCUUUGAUUUCAGCGUCUCACUGCCGGACGUGCAGAGGAGAACCUUGGAUGUGGCCGUGAAGAACAGCGGCGGCUUCCUGUCCAAAGACAAAGGGCUUCUUGGCAAAGUGCUGGUUGGUCUGGCAUCUGAAGAGCUCGCCAAAGGCUGGACCCAGUGGUACGACCUCACAGAAGACGGGACGAGGCCCCCCGUGGUGACGUAGGCCACCGCCAAGAAGCCCCGGCUGCACCUGCCUGCCCUGCACCAACAGCCCCCACACACCCCCAAAGACACACCCACGCUGCCCCGCCCCAACACACCCUCCCCACGCCCCGAAGACACACCCAUGCUCUUCUCAUAAUUUCACGGACUUGGUUACUGGCCCCGUGAUGGUUUUAUAAAAUGUCGGUAUUUUAGGCGUAUUUGGCCAAUAUUAGCAUUAAGUUUUGUAUGUUUAAAUUUCCUCUAGUAUUUCAGCAGUUGUCACGGUGUGCAUAGCAUAGCGGCCAGCUGUUGUGUGUGUAAAGCUGUAUGUCGGCUGUCUCUCCUAGGAGGCCGAUGUAUGGACCUGCUUAUUAUUGCCUUGUUUUGUAUAUCACUGAGGUGUACUAUGCUAUAUAAAUGGACUAUUUUUUAUGAUCUCUACAUGCUGGUUUGAAAUUCAGAGAAAAUGGAUCAAGGAAAUAUAUAUAUUUUUUUCUUCUAAAACUUAUUAAAUUCUUAUUACAAAUAAUCAUUUUUGUCUUUGCAGGAAAAAGUUCUCAGUGACUAUUUUGUGGUGUUUCUUUUUAAAAAGAAAAGCUGAAAGAUUAGUAAAUGCUAGUAUAUUUCUGCUCGUUAUAAAUGGUAAAAGAAUAUAUGCAAAAUACUUAUACUUUCAUAAAUAUAAAGAUGUAUUAUAAGGAGUCAGUUGUACCGCUUAUAAGGAAAAAUGUUGUAUAACUGAGCAAUAUAAAAUAUCACAAGAAUUGUCAUGGUUCACAGUGCACUAAUCUGAAAUUUCUCACAUAAAAUAGAAUGUCUUAAGUUUAUUUUUAGUUGCUUGUUACAACUUAUUCAUGAAACAGUACAGAUACAUAAUGCUUUCCCUGAAAUACAUUACUUCAGUGUUAGCGGUUAGUCUGUUGUGGAAUUUUCAGUGUUUUCUCAGCUGUAAACGAAAGACUAACUCAGGUUGUCUCUGCAAAGGCUGUGAGACAGGUCGGGGUGAGCAGAUAGGACAUGAUGUGGGAAGCCGCCACCGGCGCAGGCGUGUUGGUGUGACGCGCACGGGGCGGGGCUGGUGCACGUGUGAUGCGCACAGGGCGGAGCCGGCGCCUCCACCGCGGGGACCAGGGGUCUUGGCGCUGCGGCCGCAGGCUGUCAGUAACCUCCUACUGGGUUUCCUCACCUCAUGCCUUGACUGACCUCAGUAUUGGGAUGUUGUUGUGCAACUUUUAUUUGGGAGUAUUUUUUCUUAGAUUAGGAAAAGCAUGUUUUAUAUCCAUGUAUAUAAAGGUCCCAAGCCUCUUGGGAAGUGAGAUUCCAUAGCCUGCGGCAGCUGUGCGUGCCCCAAACAACGGUGCACGUGUGCAGAAAGCUUUAAAUAUUCGACGCUGCGGGAUGCAGAUGACUUCCUGAGCCAUGAGGACAUCCUCCAGCCCUGUGUAAAUACCGGGGGAAAUGUGGCUCUGAGCUUAGCGACCUCACCGUGCGUCCCGCGUGACUCCUGGACGCUCGCGGGGCCUGACUGCCCAAGUGCCUGUGGACGCUGCCUCUGCUCUGCCUCUCCUGCCCUCGGGGCUCAGCUCUGGCCCGUCACACUCUGACCCCGGGGGGUGGUGGAGCCCGGAGCCUCGCAGCACGUUUCACGCAGCCGUGCAGACCCGGUGCCCUUGCAGCUUCCUGGGCCGUAACGCUUCUCCGAAGCCCCAGCGGAGACCACCUCCUCCGUCAGCGCAGGAGGCGUUGCAGACCUGACGACCGCACAGGAAACACCUAACUCUGGUGUUUUAGCAGCAGGAGAAAAACCGGUCAUUACUAAAUCCAGUGGCCUGCCGGUGGUUUUAGAUUUAUUGGAGACUUUUUAAAAAUUGGGUUUGUUGUGGGAAUUCACUGGCGGUCCAGUGCUAAGAGCUGGAUGUUUCACUACCAGGGACCUGGAUCUAACCCCUGGUCAGGAACUGAGAUCCCACAAGCCGUGAGGUGCCUGCUGCUCCCCCCAAAAAUCAGGGUUUUUGAAGGGCUUCUGGCGUAAUUUCUGAAAGAAGGGGAACACUCAUGGAAAUUCAGCACACCUGUGGUUUCUGCCGCAGCCCGGUAUUUGGGUCUUGCAGCCUGCACUCCACCUGCUCAGCAUGCUCCGGUACAUGUUCUACAGGGAGCACUGAAGCAAUUGGGCAAAAUAAAUGCCACCAAAGGGGCAAAACCCAAACAAAGCCAGUUAGCUGCACGAUGCCCACCCUUUGUGUAGCCGGUGGGGCCUGCACAGACCCAGCAGCCAGCACCAUUCUCUGUAAAGGGAAGAGAUGACUCCAAGGCCGGGACUCUGCCUUUGUGGCCAACGGGCCUUCAGAGGAGACCUCUUGUGCCCAGUGGGGCAGCUGAGACUCGGCUUUAGGCCAGACCCUGGGCUCCGUGAUCCUGGCGAUGGACAGUCAGUUCUCAGAACCUUCGUCACCAGUUCUGACUAACUGCUUCAUCUGGGAAAAGGGAACUUCAACUUUUCUACCUUGACCCAAACCAAUGGAAGGAAAAUUAAUGUUGGUUAAUUUGAAUUGUUACUUUAUUGCUUAUCCUGUGCCUUAAAGUAUGAAGCGUGAGGCAUUGCUUCAGGUUAAAACAAAACACGCCUCGCAGCCGAGUUCACAGCCGAGCUCACCACAGUUUAUUCCUCGUCAAGGGUCAGCCCUCCUUUGUCAGGAACUGAAGCCAAAUGCAAAUAGUGGUUGUUUGUACGCGGUUGUUGCUUUAACGCCAUUCUAGCUGGACCACCCCCUGCAGAUGGAACACAGCAGAGGGGUUUUUUUGUUUUUUUUUUAUUGUAAAAUGCCCUUUUUGCUCAACUAAUUUUACAUGACAGUGCAUGUAUUUAUUCAAUAAAACUUUUUGUGUUAUCUUG